AUGCUCAAUCGCCUCCAUGGGCAACCCGAGAGCUAUGAGAAAAAAUCAAAGUAUAAGUUCGGACGCACCCUCGGUGCUGGUACCUAUGGAGUCGUUCGUGAGGCAGACGGCCCUACUGGCAAGGUUGCCGUCAAGAUCAUCCUGAAGAAGAACGUCAAGGGUAACGAGCAGAUGGUCUACGACGAGCUUUCCAUGCUGCAACGACUGAAGCAUCCUCACAUUGUCAAGUUUGUCGAUUGGUUCGAGUCCAGAGACAAGUUCUACAUUGUCACUCAGUUGGCCACAGGAGGAGAGCUUUUCGAUCGUAUUUGCGACAGGGGCAAGUUCACCGAGAAGGAUGCUUCGCAAACUAUCAAGCAGGUUCUUGACGCCGUUGACUAUCUGCACAAGAACGACGUUGUCCACAGAGAUCUCAAGCCGGAGAACCUCAUCUAUGUUACUGCCGAAGACGACUCCGACCUCGUGUUGGCCGAUUUUGGUAUUGCCAAGACGUUGGACAGCAAGGACGAAACACUCAAGACUAUGGCUGGAUCUUUUGGCUAUGCGGCCCCUGAAGUGAUGGCCAAGAAGGGCCACGGAAAGCCUGUAGACAUGUGGUCUAUGGGUGUCAUCACCUAUACCCUGCUUUGCGGCUACUCCCCCUUCCGAAGCGAGAACCUGCAGGAUCUUCUUGAUGAGUGCACAAGGGGCAACGUCGUGUUCCACGAGAGAUACUGGAAGGACGUCAGCGCUGAUGCAAAGGACUUUAUCAACCGUCUCCUAGUCCCAGAGCCUGAACAGAGAUGGACCAGCGAGCAAGCUUUGGGCCACAUCUGGCUCAGCGGCCAGACCGCCAGCGACCACAACUUGCUACCAGAAAUCGAGGCCUUCCGCAGACGCUCCCGCCUCCGCCGCGCCAUCGAAAUCGUCAAGCUCCAAAACAGGAUCAACAAGCUCAGAGAACACGAAGAAGACCCCGAGAACUCGGAAAUGGGAGACGUGCAAGGUGGCCAAGAAAGGGGAGAUGGCGCUCGAUUGCAUGCCCUGGGUCUCUUUGCGCUCAAGGAUGUCAAGCAGAAACAGGAGACGCUGCAGAUUGAGGAAGAGAUGGGAAAGGAAGCGAAGCGGCGUAGCUUUAGCGAGGCUUCUUAA